AUGCAUUUCACAAGCUGUGCCCGAAAUAUUGACUCGAUUGAAGGACUUCCCGCACUAGGGAUUGCAGGAGCAGGAUUUGGGAUUGGGACCAUUGGAUACUUCUUCUCUCACAAGAAGCAGACAGACUCAUCUACCCUUGAGGUAACAGAUGUGCCAAAGUUCCAACAUGACACCUCUGCAUCAAAUAUUAGCGAUGCUUGUAAAGAAUUUUCUCAUAUUGUCGGCUCAGCAAAUGUAUCCACGGCGGCUCAAGACCUCUUGAUUCAUUCGGGAUCGGACUUCCAAUCCUAUGCUUGGACUCCGGAGACAGCGACUCCUGGUGCGGCCGUCGUAUAUCCAGGUUCGACGGAGGAAGUCUCCAAAAUAGUGAAAGUGUGUCAUCGAAGGAAAAUCCCAAUCACACCAUAUUCAGGAGGAACAUCCAUAGAAGGCCAGUAUAUCCCCACCAUGGGUGGUGUGGCGAUAGAUUUCACCCGCAUGGAUCGUAUCAUCGAGGUCAAUCCACUUGAUCUGGAUUGCACGGUACAGCCUGGUGUUGGAUGGCAGGAUCUCAAUCAUGAGCUUGCUUCAGAUGAUCUCUUCUUUCCACCAGAUCCAGGCCCAGGUGCCCAAAUUGGUGGAAUGAUUGGUACUGGUUGCUCAGGUACCAAUGCGGCUGCAUACGGCACGAUGAAGGAUUGGGUCCUGUCAUUGACGGUCGUUCUUGCGGAUGGGACGAUUAUCAAGACUCGACAACGGCCACGGAAGUCCACUGCAGGAUUUGACUUGACCAGAAGCUUUGUCGGUAGCGAAGGAACUCUCGGACUUGUCACCGAAGCCACGUUGAAACUGGCAGUCAAACCCAAAUGCGAAGCAGUGGCAGUGUGCACAUUCCCAUCGAUAAGAGCCGCUGCCAACGCAGUGCAGUCAAUCAUCUCACGGGGCAUAUCAGUGGCCGCAGUGGAAGUGCUGGACGAAGUUCAAAUGCGGAGUAUCAAUGUGGCUGGACUGACGAAACGGAAAUGGACCGAACAACCUUCACUGUUCUUCAAAUUCACCGGCAGCACAGAUGUCAUUGUUGAAGAUAGCGCAAAGCUGGUGGGGAAGAUUUCCGAAAAGCACGGCUCAACAUCCUAUGCAUUUGCUGCUGACGCAGAUGAGCGCGAAGAGCUCUGGUCGGCGAGGAAGAACGCUCUUUGGAGUAUGAUGGCCAUGAGAGAGUCACCUACAGACAAAGUGUGGACGACGGAUGUCGCUGUGCCCAUGAGUCGGUUGGCAGAUAUCAUCGAAGACAGCAAAAGAGAUAUUGAGCAAUCCGGGAUCCUGGGGGCAAUCCUUGGACAUGUGGGAGAUGGUAAUUUCCACUCGAUCCUGCUCUUUCCCGAAGAGAAACGAGACAUUGCGGAGGGGGUUGUUCACAGAAUGGUCGAGAAAGCCAUAGCCAUGAAGGGAACUGCAACAGGGGAACAUGGCGUAGGUCUUGUCAAACGUGACUACCUGGAAAAAGAGUUGGGAAAGGCGACGGUUGACACAAUGCGAAUGAUGAAGAACGCUUUCGAUCCCCUAUGUAUAUUGAAUUGUGACAAGAUUGUACGUAUGGCGCCCAAGAUAUGA